AUGACUGCGUUACGAGGACAAGUUGUCAAGAUGUACAGUCGAUUGUUGGGAAGUUCAACAAAAAGACAGUAUGCGACUAUUCCUAAGUUCGUUGAUAUUCUCGUGAACGAGAAUACGGGUGUCGCGACUCUGUCGAUAAACAGACCACCGGUGAACAGUCUUAAUCUGGACUUGAUACGAGAUCUGAACAACUCUUUUAAGGAAUUAGAGAAAAGUCAGUGCCAAGGUGUGAUUUUGACGUCAACACUGCCGUCUGUUUUUUCGGCUGGAUUGGAUAUCACGGAGCUGUACAAUCCUGACAUCAAACGUUUCGAAGCCCUCUGGGAUUCCUUGCAGGACCUUUGGAUCACAUUGUACGGUUUAUCCUUACCUACCGCGGCUGCGAUCAACGGUGCAAGUCCAGCAGGUGGUUGUCUUCUGGCAAUAUCUUGCGAUUACCGAGUAUUCGUCGAGGGAAAGGGUAGGCUAGGACUGAACGAAACAUCGCUGGGUUUAAUCGUGCCUAAAUGGUUGCAUGAUACGAUGACGAAUAUCAUUGGUCAUCGUCAUUCGGAAAUAUCGCUUUUACGGGGUUCGCUUUAUUCGCCGGCAGAGGCACUGAAAAUCGGAUUGGUUGACGAAUUAGCCUCGAAUAAAGAAGACGCAAUUGGCAAGUGCGAAAAUUACAUAGAAUCUUUCGCAAAAAUACCACUUUCAGCAAUAUUAGCAACGAAGCAACAGUCGCGAAAGGCGACGAUAUCGUGGCUGGAAGAAAACAGAAAUUCGGAUCUGAAGAGAUUCGUCGAAUCCGCGCUGCAGCCUCACGUGCAGAAAGGCUUGGGUGCAUAUAUCCAAAGCUUAAAAAAGAAGUGA